AAUGGCGUCUCUUCUGUAAAGGAUCGGUGAUCUUGUGCUGAUUGUUAUGGUGUCUGAUUAUUAAUAACAAUUCAUUUAACGUUGUGUAAAUAACUACAAUAAUUGAUCUUCAUUGACAACUUCGUAGAUUAAUUAAACACAAUUUUGAUUGUUUAGACCUUUGUUUAGUUCUAAAGUGUGAAGAAGAAAUGUUAGUGAAGUAUAGGGCUAUCCAAGACGAUUUUCUUCCAAAGAAUAACAAUGUCAGGCCAACUAAUCUUUAAGAAUGGUACCAAUUGACAGAGUAAAAUGGCAUACUCUUUGUUUAAUUAUUUGGACAGCAAAUCGCCGUAUAUUGUUGGCUUGGGAAUUAUUAUAAGCCAUAGUAAUACAGUGUCUGGAAUUUUGUGCUACUGUGAGGGACAUUGUCCCGAUGGACUGCACAAUGGAACCUGUGAGGCAAAACCAGGCUCACAAUGCUUCAGUGCUGUGGAAGACGUAUACAAUUUGGAAACUGGUAACUAUGAAGAAGAAAGAACCUACGGAUGUCUUCCUCCUGAUGAACAGGGAUUCAUGCAGUGUAAAGGAAACCUGGUCCCUCAUCAAAUGCCCAAAGCCAUUCAGUGCUGCAACUUCACAGACAUGUGCAACCGAGACUUGCGACCGACGUUUGCGCCUCGGCCGACGGAGGCACCCCUUGAUACUCCCCUCAUGGAGGUUAUCCCAUACAUCGCUCUUCUCAUCUCCGUCACUGUCUGCCUCAUAGCCUUCCUCAUUGUUAUAGCUUGCGUCUACCUCAGAUAUAAGAAAAAAGAAGAAAGUCGACAAUUUUACCUGCCAGAAAAUAGAGAUUACCUGUCAUCAUCACACACAUUAAAGCAUUUAAUAGAUCAGAGUUCUGGUUCAGGAUCUGGUCUGCCAUUGCUGGUUCAGAGAACGAUUGCCAAGCAGAUCCAGAUGGUGCAGUCUGUAGGCAAGGGAAGGUACGGAGAAGUGUGGCUGGCGCGGUGGAGAGGAGAGAAGGUGGCUGUCAAGGUUUUCUUCACUACAGAGGAGGCGAGUUGGUUCAGAGAAACUGAGAUAUACCAGACAGUACUCAUGAGACAUGAGAAUAUUUUGGGUUUCAUUGCGGCUGAUAUAAAGGGUACAGGUUCGUGGACUCAGAUGCUUCUCAUCACCGACUACCAUGAGUAUGGGUCUCUGUACGAUUAUCUCCAAAAUACAGUGCUCGAGCCCAGCGGGCUGCUACGACUGGCCAAGAGUGCGUCGGGAGGCAUCGCCCACCUGCACACAGAGAUAUUUGGCACCCACGGCAAACCUGCCAUUGCCCACCGCGACAUCAAGAGCCGCAACAUUCUUGUCAAGAAGAACGGAGAAUGUGCCAUCGCAGACUUUGGUCUAGCUGUUAGAUUUCUCAGUGAUUCCAACGAGAUAGACAUUGCAGCCAACACCAGAGUAGGCACUCGGCGCUACAUGGCUCCUGAAGUUCUGGACGAGACUCUCGACUCCAAGUCAUUUGAUGCUUUUAAAAUGGCCGACAUGUACUCACUAGGCCUUGUCUUUUGGGAGAUGUGUCGGAGAUGUGCCACCAAGGGAGGAAGUGACAAAUGGAACCUGCAGGUGGAAGAUUUUGCUGUGCCUUACUACGAUGUUGUACCCAACGACCCCUCGUUUGAAGAUAUGCUGGAGGUAGUUUGUGUCCAGAAACUUCGCCCGCCUGUCCCUCUUCGCUGGCAUUCCCAUGAGGUGCUGAGGACACUGGCCAUGAUCAUGCAGGAGUGUUGGCACCAGAACCCUCACGUCAGACUCACCUCACUGAGAGUCAAGAAGACAUUGUGGAGGCUCAAUUCUGACUCUGAUCCCAAUAUCAAAAUUAUUUAGUAUAUCAGGUUUAUUUUGAAAAAAAGGUACUUCUAUUAUUUUUAAGAAUUUAGUAUUAACACGGUCAUUGUAAUGUCCCUAACCAUAUCUGGUGUAUUAACAAUAACAAUGUAAAUUAAGGUUAUUUUUUGUAUCGAUACAAGGCCUAUUCCAGAUCAUCGGGUGUGUGAUACCUAUGGUCCAGUGGGGUUGUCUAUUGUUUUAUAAAACUACGGUAACUGACUCUGUGAUAAAUGGAAGCACAUUUUGAAAUAGCGGUUGAUCUGCAUAUUUAUUCUGUUGUAAGAAUACGGCACAAGUUGUUACAGCACAAAGAUCUUGUUUUAUAUUUGCAUUGUUGUUCAAUUCUGUAUAUUGCUAUCAGCUUUAGAAAAUGUAGAAAGCAAACCCUACGAUAAUGAAAAUCCUCUUUUGUAAUUAAUUUAACUGUGUUAUUUGUAUAUUUGACUAUUGAAAAAAGUUUUGAAGAAUUUUGUUUACUGAAUGAAGGGAAGGUAAAUUAAAAAAUAUAGAUUUGUUAAUAUUUCAGAAUGUAGUUUUUCAACAAUGGUGAUCAUAUUUUAAAAUUUAAUUUUUAAGGGAUGGAAAAGCAAGAAUAAACUCUUUUGCUAUUAUUUUCUUUGCUAUAGCAUAAAUGAAUAUACUUAGGUUGGGGAAAAUGCUUUAAGAAAAUUUUAAAUCUGUUAAUCAGGUUUUCAGUUUUCAACUUAGACCAUUGUAAUUUAAGAUUGGAAAUAAAAUUAAUAAGGUAGUUCAUGGUGAUGAAUGAUGUACUAUUUUUAGUAUUGGUUUUGGUAUCUAAAAUUAUUUUCUGAUAGCCUUUAUCUGCACAACACUAUUCUUGAUUACCUAAUGGUUUUGUAUGAAAAAGUCACAUGUUAACCAUUCUAUCAAUCUCAGAGGGCAAUCAAUUUUAUUCUUUUUUCUCUUGUUAGCCCUAGGUAUUACUUUUUUUUACUUUACUUACUUUCUUAUUGCAAUAAAACAAACAGUUGAACUCUGGGUCCCGAUGCAUCAACUCAGGCUUAUUGUGCUUAAAAAAAAACGAACGGUAAAAGAACUGUUGAUUAAGAAAUUCCAAACGAAUAGUUCAUCAAUCAUAUAAACAUCGUAACAUUCCAAGCAUUGCCAAAUGCGUUAUCUGAAUAUCAUUCAGUCCAGUUCAGCCAAUAAUCUCCUGUCUUACGAGUCUGCGACUCAGAGGGGUGAUAAUAAAGAAUCCUUUGACCCAACGAUCAUGUGUGACAAUGGUGUGAUUUCAUUUUUGUACCGGAACAACAGGGUGCCAAAAAGCAGAUGGAACUGCCAUUUAUGCCACAAGCACGACCAUUGCUGUAGGUAUGAAAUCCAUGCUUGAUUUGGAAAAGCACAAGCUGCGAAAUGAAAGAAAAAAUAUAUGUCUGUGUCUGCGGGAACAUCCUGUGGGAAACCAAGUCAGCCUGGUCCUAGUGGAUCAUCCUAAGGCUCAAUGGACACAGGUAUUCUUCUGGUUGUUUCUGGCUGGUGCUUGGUGGAACAACAUGCUUUGAGAUGAUCUGGGGAUUGCUCCUCUUUAAACAUCAGCUGAUACAGUAAUAAUAAUUAAAAAUACCCCAUCCAGACAUAUAGUUUUCAUUCCAAGGCUUCAUUGCUUUUCCAAAUCAAGCAGGGAUUUCACAAUUUUGCAGCAUAAAUGGCAGUACCACAUGCCCUCUGGUACCUUGAUACGUAACACAAGCACAAUAAAAAUAAAGCCAACACCAUGGUAUAUAGGUGACUGUAACACAUUAUCUUUGGACCACAUAACAACAAUUUUUAGGCUCAUCAGGCCUUGGAGAACAGGCUGGGAUCAUAGGAUGGAGCUUUGGAACUGGCACCAUUUCACAAUUGGUCUCAGAACUAUUCUAGAGAUGCAGCCUCCUCUAUACCUUCCUUUACUCUUCUUUCUUUCAAACUUUUAGAUGAUUUGAGAAUUGCUCCUCUUCUUUAAAUAUAGCAGCUUGCAUUUUAUAUUUAUUAGAAAGGUCUUAAUCGACAGUAGAUUUAUAAAGUAACUAAAGUCUCUAAAAAAUUAAAACCACCAAAUUUUAAUCUAUUUUUGCCAUGGAUAAUAUAAUAAUACAUUUUGUUUAGUUUUCAAUUGAAAACAUUUUAAAAUGUACUUCUACAUAUUGUAUCUAUUUAGUCCCAGUUAAAUUAGUAAGAGUCAAAACUUAAUUUUGACUGUGCAGAUGAGCAAUAACAUGUAAAAGCAUAAAAAAAUAAAAAUGCAUGACUUUCAAGUAUUUAAUUAAACCAAUAUCAAACUAUUUUUUCUUCGACCAAAUCAUGUAGAUUUAAGUUUUUUUUUAUUACCAGACAUAUUUUUUUACUUUAAUACCAGGUUUUAUAGAAAACAAAAUCAAUCCUCUGUAGAUUAUAUAAACAAAUAUUGGCUACGUUCCAAAAGCAGCAUAAUACUUUAAUAACCAAGGAUUUUAUAAGGCUAUUGACUAGUAAAUAUACAUGUGUAUUAUUCCCAUAUUUUAAAUUAGAAUAAGUUUUCAACUGUGAGAGAAAAUGUUUUAUAUUUUCUGCUAUGUGCAGCAGGGUAUCACAUAUUGUAAUAAUUGAAAACAUAAUCAAAUAUCAUAUCUGUGUAUUCCAAGAAUUGUAUGGAAAUGUACAACUAUCAUAGGUUUACUUUGAAGUUUUGUUAUUAUUCAAUAAAUAGUUUAGAGUUUAUGUAAUAAACGACGAUGAGAACCGACAUUUCGUUUGCUAUGCAUAUCAGAAGUCAAUGGUAUCAAGUUUUAAGGUGCCUUACAAGGCACACUGUUUUGUUUACGAAAUGGGUAGUAAAUUUAUUACAUUAUUUUAUAUUUAUAACUUUGCUCAAUCUGCUUUAUGUAUAAAAUAGAUUUAUAGCAAUAUAUAGUUCUGAAAACAGUAUUUGUUAUUUUAAAGGUUAUAGAUAAUGUUAAACAUGUAUAUAUAUAUUAAAAUCAGUGUCCUUUUAA